AUGGAUCCAAUUGUGGAAGUAGUGGCUCUGGUGCUGGGGUUCAUUGGUUGGGUGAUGGUGGGGGUCGCCCUGCCGAACCGUUACUGGAGGUCGUCCACCGUUGACGGGAACGUCAUCACCACCUCCACCAUCUACGAAAACUUGUGGAUGUCAUGUGCGACGGACUCAACCGGGGUGCACAACUGCAGGGAGUUCCCGUCGCUGCUCGCUUUGAGCGGUUACAUCCAAGCGUCUCGCGCCUUGAUGAUCACCUCGAUAGUGUUGGGCACCUUUGGACUGAUUGCGGCCCUGAUAGGAAUACAGUGCUCAAAGGCUGGAGGGGAGAACUACGUCCUUAAAGGGAGGAUUGCCGGCACCGCUGGGGUCUUUUUCAUUCUUCAAGGUGUGUGCACAAUGAUCGCAGUGUCCUGGUACGCCUUCAACAUCACUCAGGAAUUCUUUGACCCUUUCUAUCCCGGGAUAAGGUAUGAAAUAGGAGAGGGGCUUUACAUCGGCUGGUGCUCCGCUGUGCUCGCCAUGGCCGGAGGAGUCUGUCUCACCUGCUCCUGCAAACUGGGCACACAGGAAAAGUACCCGAUGCCUUACCAAACCAGGGGAACUGUAUAUUCUGGAGCUGCACCAUCCAGAAGCAUGGCUGCUAGUACUUAUGGACGAAACGCAUAUGUUUGA